AUGACUGGAUAUGGUGAAUUUCUAUGGAAUCCUCAUCUCAGAGCCUCUAAACUGAUGCUUUUGCUAGGCCUGAACUCGCUGGUCCUUGCCUAUCGGAAAGAACUUCAAAAGUUGCAAGAUCUUACAGACUCAGCCCCUGUUAACAAGAUCAACUUUCUACAGUGUCUCAUUACAGCCAGAGCAGCAAUUACUCCUAGAGUAGUAAAAGGAGGAUGGAGACAUAGUGGCAACUAUCCAAUUAAUCGCCAUAAAGCCUUAUCUCAUGAGGAAAUCCAGGAGGACAAGCAGAAACGAGGAGCAGACGAGUUAGAGAAGGAUGAGAAGUAUGAGCCUAUUUCCCAUGGGUUUAUCACUGCUAUAGGCCGAGAUCGAAGCUAUAACGAACGCAGCAAGCUGAGGAGGGUUGCAAAUCACCUUGAAGACCUUCAGGCUGAGGUUAUCUUGCUCCGACAGCAAAAUGCUUCCCUCAAGGCCCAGAACGAGGCCAUCUCGAAGACCCGGAAGCGCAAGAAGAUCCCCAAUCCCAACAAGCGCUUUAUGACUAUCUCAGAGGCACUUGCAGCUGGAGAAGAGGCCAAUCUAGCCCAGGAAGAGGAGGAUUUGCCUGUUGAGGAUGUUGUGGAGGUUCAAGACGAGGUUGACGAGGAGGACUCUGAGGACGAUAAUGCAGACAUUCUACGUGAGGAUUCACCACCAAUUCGCACAUCUUCUGGACGGGCUAGCCGUAUGCCAAAUAGAUAUUUGGAAUGA